UCUGCUCUCUCUUCUUCUUCUUCUUCUGCUUCUCCACUUGUCGAACGGACACGGCGGUCGCGCCCGCGCUCCGAGGCCUCCGCCGGUCGCGACAUGGCGAUCUCCUCCUUCUUGAAGAGAGCUUCGAGCUAUCUCCAUGGCCAUCCCGCUUGCUUCAAGGCUUUGGUCCUCGUCACUCUCAGCAGCGGAAGUUUAGUAGCUUAUUCAGAUUCUCAGUCAGAGACCGAUAAAGUCAGUCUUGACCUAAAUCAGAAGGAGCAAAAGAAGAAGAAAGUGGUGGUACUUGGAACCGGAUGGGCCGGUACUAGUUUCCUCAAGGAUAUUCAUGUUUCAUCCUACGAUGUUCAGGUUAUUUCACCCAGGAAUUAUUUUGCAUUUACGCCUUUGUUACCUAGUGUCACGUGCGGAACGGUUGAAGCACGGAGUAUUGUGGAGCCGGUUCGAAAUAUAAUAAAGAAGAGAAAUGGAGAAAUUCAGUUUUUUGAAGCUGAAUGUGUGAAGAUUGAUGCUGCAAAUAAUAAAGUUCUAUGUCGCUCUAAUCUGGACCAGAACUUGGGAGGAAAUGGGGAAUUCUCGCUGGAAUAUGAUUACUUGGUUAUAGCAGUUGGAGCACAAGUAAAUACUUUUGACACCCCCGGUGUAAGGGAGAACUGUCACUUUCUGAAGGAAGUGGAGGAUGCACAGAAGCUCCGUGAUAGUGUAAUAGACAGUUUUGAGAAGGCCGUCCUUCCAGGCUUGAGUGAAGAAGAGAGAAAAGCAUCUCUUCAUUUUGUGAUUGUUGGGGGAGGUCCCACGGGUGUUGAAUUUGCUGCGGAGCUACAUGACUUCAUUCAGGAAGAUCUAGUAGCCAUCUAUCCGAUGGUCAAAGAUCUAGUUCGGAUAACACUGAUCCAAUCAGGAGAUCAUAUCCUAAACACGUUUGAUGACAGAAUCAGUUCAUUUGCUGAGCAGAAGUUUCAAAGGGAUGGCAUUGAGGUCUGUACUGGUUGUCGGGUUCUUGGUGUUUCAGAAAAGUCGCUUUCUGUGAAGGUGAAAUCCCAAGGAGAAAUUUACUCGAUUCCUCAUGGAUUGGUUGUUUGGUCAACUGGUGUAGGGACUCGUCCACUAGUGAGGGACUUCAUGGAGCAAGUUGGUCAGGGUGAUAGACGAAUUCUUGCAACUAAUGAAUGGCUACGGGUGAAGGGCAGUGAAAAUGUAUAUGCCCUAGGUGAUUGUGCUACAAUAGACCAACGUAAAAUAAUGGAGGACAUCUUGAGCAUAUUCAAGGCUGCGGACACGGAUAACUCUGGCACUUUAACUGUUAGUGAAUUUGAAGAUGUUGUGGAUGAUAUCCUCAUACGGUAUCCCCAAGUGGAACUAUACUUGAAGAGCAAGCAUUUGAUGGAUGUAACAGAUCUGCUGAGAGAUCCAGAAGGCAAUGAGAGAGAAAGUGUAGAUAUUGAAGAAUUCAAAUCGGUCCUUUGUCUUGUAGAUUCGAAAACAAAGAGUUUGCCAGCCACUGCACAGGUCGCUGCUCAACAAGGAACUUAUCUUUCCAAGUGCUUCAACCGGAGACAGCAGUGUCAAGAACAUCCUGAAGGUCCAAGACGUUUUAGUGGUUCUGGGCAGCAUCAUUUUCGUCCUUUUCGGUAUUUUACCUUUUCAUUAUGUUUAUCCUAUUUCAUCAUGGGAAUCAUAGAUGAGCUUGCUCGCUCUAUACAGAUAUGUAUAUGUAUCUGUUACCUUUCCUCUCCCAUUAACUGGUUUCAUUUAAUGUGGCCAAAAAGGUACAAGCAUUUUGGGAAGUUUGCUCCUUUGGGAGGAGAGCAAGCUGCUGCCGAACUUCCCGGAGACUGGGUAUCUAUGGGUCAUAGUACUCAAUGGCUCUGGUAUUCUGUAUAUGCAAGCAAGCAAGUAAGCUGGCGCACACGGGUGUUGGUCGUAUCUGAUUGGGCACGGAGAUUUGUUUUCGGAAGAGACUCGAGCCGUAUUUGAGGUGACGAAUGAAAUGUGUAAAUAAUGUUGAGAACCAUCGGAAUGUCACUGUUAGACAUGGAAGACUGCUUUUGGCUUCUCCUUCCAGGUGUGAUUAGCCAUGUAAUCUUCUGUCUAUCUGCAAGUCAGUGGGAGGUGAAAGCAUUGCUAUUAAAACAUGUCAUGUAGUAGACUAAAAGUAUCUUGUGAUGAUGCCGAAAAGUUUAGUGGAAUGCUCUCAGACAAAGGCGCUCAUUGUGUUUGCGCAACA